GGGAAAGAGAGAGGAGCUCACCAGAGAGAGAGGGAGAAAGAGAGCGAGAGAGAGAGCGAGUGAGAGAGAGAGAGAGAGAGAGAGAGAGAGAAAGGGAGAGAAGGAAGAGGGAGAGAGGGAGAGAGGGAGCGUGCGUCCAGUUUUUUAGCCACACUGAGACUGAGUGACACUCGCCUGGGAGCAGACACGCUUGUUUCCACGGUGACGACAUGGGCGCAGUGGUGGGGACCCUGACCAUGCAAACCAAGCAGCGGCAGCCGUCCAGAGAUAAGAUAGAUGAUGAUUUGGAGAUAACUAUGGUCUGUCACAGACCAGAAGGUCUGGAGCAGCUGGAAGCUCAGACGAACUUCAGUAAGAGAGAGCUGCAGGUUCUCUAUCGCGGCUUCAAGAAUGAGUGCCCGAGUGGUGUAGUUAAUGAGGAGACGUUCAAACAGAUCUACGCCCAGUUCUUCCCACAUGGAGAUGCCAGCACAUAUGCUCAUUAUCUAUUCAACGCAUUUGACACCUCCAGCAAUGGCUCCAUCAAGUUUGAGGACUUUGUGUUGGGCCUCUCCACACUGCUCAGAGGUUCAGUAACAGAGAAACUGCAGUGGACCUUCAACCUGUACGACAUCAACAAAGAUGGAUACAUCAGCAAGGAGGAGAUGACUCAGAUUGUUUCUGCUAUCUAUGACAUGAUGGGGAAGUACACCUACCCUGCCCUGAAAGGAGACGUGCCGCGGCAACAUGUGGAUGCCUUCUUUGAGAAAAUGGACAAAAACAAAGAUGGAGUCGUCACUCUGGAAGAAUUCAUUUUAGCAUGCCAGGAGGAUGACACCAUGAUGAGGUCCCUGCAGCUCUUUGAGAACGUGAUGUAAAGAGAGGAAGAAGAGGGGGAUGAGUGUGUGAGAGAGAGAAAAAUAAGGGAGAGGGGCAGUGUGUGUGUGUGUGUGAAUGUGAAUAUUUGCAUGUGAGUGUGUGUACAUGCAUACAUGUCUGCAUGUCCGUGUGUGUGCGUGUGCGCGUGAGUGUGUGUGUGUGUGUGGGUGUGUGUGUAUCUCUCUCUGUUCUGCUGGGGUUAUAAUCCGUGAGAGCCCUCCCUUGUGGAUGCUUCUGGAAAUCACCCCUUCAAGUCACACCUACCAACAGGGCAACUCGACAUUUACAGAGAUGUGGAUACAUGGAACUGCAUCUCUGUGGAUCCCCUAGCUGUGAAUACAUGGAACUGCAUCUCUGUGGAUCCCCUAGCUGUGAAUACAUGGAACUGCAUCUAUGUGGCUCCCCCUAGCUGUGAAUACAUGGAACUGCAUCUAUGUGGCUCCCCCUAGCUGUGAAUACAUGGAACUGCAUCUCUGUGGCUCCCCCUAGCUGUGAAUACGUGGAACUGCAUCUCUGUGGCUCCCCUAGCUGUGAAUACUUGGGACUUAUUCUUUGAGUAUUUCUCUACUCAAGCAAUUUUGAGUCUCAUUGCCAAACUGUUGCAUGUUUGACCCAGAGGGAAUGCUUGAUCCGGACACUUUGCAUUCAGGGGACUGCCCUUUCAACUAAUGGGAGAUUUUUUAAAAUACAUAUAAUGUUUCAACAGUAAUAUCUAUAUAUUUAUUUAUUUGUUCAUCCUUGUGGACCACAGAUAUAAGGGAAUAAUGUUGUCAGGUUUUAUAAUGUCCAGUUAAUGUUCUCUGUGUUGUAAUGAUCUUGUAAUUGUUCUUAAGGCCUAUAUACAGUCUUUGUGUCUGUCUGUCGGCCCCUGCUGGAAGCAGGGAGCAUAACUUUCUGGUCUGAUCUGUGUUUGUGUUAUAGCUUCUUAUACCAUGUCUGUUACACUUAACGAAAUUCCUCACACAUAUUCUCUGUGUGAUGUGGCUCUGUACCACAGACACAGUCUCACACACAUACACGUACAAAUACGUACACAUACACAUGCACGCACGCACACACACACACACAGUCUCACGCACACACGUACAAACACGUACACAUACACACACACACACUCACUCACAUACGGUCACACACAUACACGGCCACACACACACGCACAGCUUUAAAAAGCUACUUGUGUUACAGUAUAAAGUUUCUCAGCCAGUGAUGUGUGUCCUGUGCUAAAGUGACAUGAAUGGAACUGAACUGCAAGACAGAGGAAGGGGAGGAAAUUACAUAGAACUUCACUGAGACAUGGAGAGAGAGAGGGAGGGAGAAAGAGAGAGAGAUGGACAGAGAGAGUAGGGAGGAGGGGGAGGAGGAGAGAGGAGGAAGAGGGGGAGGAGGUCGUAGGGCAGGGAUACUCAAGUGUGGCCAUCGAGUCCAGUAGUACUGCUGGUUUUCUUUUUUACCUGAUAGUUCAUUGAUUGCUUAGUGCCCCAAAUUGGCCAGAGAUUUGACUCAGUCUCUGAUUAGAGGGGGGGAAUGAAAACAAGCAGUAGUGCUGGCCUCUAGGGUCAGAUUUGAGCAUGCCUGGCGUAGGGUCUGGUUCCUGUAGUUAGUCCUCUUGCCAAUAGGAGGCAUCAUUGAGGUCACAUCAGCAAUAAGUGGGGGGGGGGGGGGGUCUGCUUGGCAGGGGGCAGCUGUGUCCUGACUCAUUGAUCAGUGAAUCAGUUAGUCAGUCUAUUUUGAACUUCAAUGAAAAAACUGCAUACUAGGAUUUGCAGUCAGCCUGUCCUGCAGCUUCUGGGUGCAGCAGGCUGUAGAUUUGGGUUACAGGGGACUGGUGCUGUGCUAGAGGCUGGAAAGGCUAGUUUUAAAUCUGGAUUUAAAGACUGAAGCAGAUUCUGCUUCCCAUGCUAGCUGAGGAAGACCUUUCCUUUGCUCAGCAGCUGUGAAACUGAUGCGAUAUUACCCAUAAGCCUCCUCAGAAACGGCUACACAUCUUUAGCCAUGGAAGCUGCCAAAUGUUUUAUUUAUGACAUCAUUAUAAGGCAUGGUGAUUAUGUGUUUGUUCUAAAUGAGGAAUGUCAUGUGUUCAUUGUUUAGUGGAUGCUGCUUCACAAUCAUAAGGAUAAAGUUCUACAAUAUCUUUCUGAGGGAGCAAAGCUCUCCAAGGCGUCUGAUCUGUUCAGCACAUUCAGCUCCUCUCAAGAGCUCUUCUUAAUGAGCAGGCAGGCAGACAGACAAACAGACAGACAGGUGGACUGUGCGUUAUUUUCCUGCUGCAAUGCUGUAUAAAGGAUAUUUAACAAUAAACUUUUGAAAGAA